GCCUUUUGCUGAGUUCAUUACGUAUGUAUCAUCUGCCUUCCAGGUAUAAUGGGAUUACAGUGGGCAAAGCAUCUCGGAAAUUCAGUAAAAGUCACAAUUAAUGACUAUAAUGAAAAUUCAGUGACCAUGAUACGAGAAAAUUGCCAUUUAAAUAAGAUGAAAGUUGUGAUGAAUUUUGAGGAAGAUGACUGUGAUGAAGCAAUGGAAGAAGGGGAAGAAAAUCUGCCUACCAUUGAGGUGACAAAAAUGGAUGCCAAUGUCAUCAUGCAUUUGAGAGCAUUUGAUUUCAUCCACCUGGACCCAUUUGGAUCAUCAGUAAACUACUUAGAUGCAGCUUUCAGAAAUAUAAGAAAUCUUGGAAUUGUUUCAGUGACAUCAACAGAUACAAGUUCUCUCUAUUCAAAGGCGCAGCAUGUGGCCCAACGUCAUUAUGGUUGCAACAUUAUCAGGACAGAAUACUAUAAGGAGCUGGCUGCUAGGAUGGUACUUGCUGCUGUGGCAAGAGCUGCUGCUAGAUGUAACAAAGGCAUUGAAGUUUUGUUUGCUGUGGCUCUUGAACAUUUUGUACUAGUACAAGUGAGAGUGUUGAGAGGUCCCUCUUCUGCAGAUGACACUGUCAAGAAAAUUCGGUACCUAAUUCACUGUCAAUGGUGUGAAGAGAGGAUAUUCAAAAGAGAGGGCAAUAUGAUAGAAGAUAAUCCUUACUGGCAGCUUCCAUGUGACUGCCAUAACCAAAUGACUGGGAAGACAGCAGUUGAACUGGGACCUUUGUGGUCAGGAUCCCUCUUCAAUACAGGAUUUCUUAGAAGAAUGCUGUUUGAAGCAGUUCAGUAUGGCCUAGAAGACAUCCAGGCACUUCUAAAAACCCUGAUUUGUGAGGCAGAAUGCACAACACUGAAACAGUUUACAAUUCAUGCUCCUAGCAGUCAGAGUAAACAAGAAGAAUGUGGUGUAUUCAUUAAGACAUCAGAUCCUGCAGCAGAUUACUACAUUGUGCACGAGAAAAGGAAAAGUGUCGACCUCAACCAGAAUGGAGCAAAGCGCCAGAAGUUAGAAAGUAAUGCUGAGCAUCCUGCUUUUUACUAUAAUAUCCACAGGCAUAGCAUUAAAGGAAUGAACAUGCCAAAGUUAAAUAAGUUCUUGCAGUCUCUGUUUGAAGCCGGAUAUCGUGUAAGCCGAACUCAUUUUGACCCCAUGGGUAUCCGCACCAAUGCCCCCUUGAUGCAGUUUAAAUCCAUCCUUGUAAAGUACAGCCUUCCUACGUACACAGGGGGACAAGCAGAUGGCUCUUUGCAGGCGAUUGAGGAUGUCCAAGCGGGAACCGAAGGGGACUUUGCGGAGGAGAGUAUUUGAGAGGGGUCCUCCUGGGACCUCCUGUCUUUUUCUGGAGAUUUACGUUGAGAAAACCUACUCUGAGCCCUUUGUCUCGACUUUUGUUCAACUAUUUUAACAUUUCAAAUUUUUCAGGGGGAAAAAAAAAGUGAUGAGGAAUCACAAAUGUACAGUUAAUUUCCCAGCUCAGCAGGAAACUUUUUCAUGUAAUGCUUGCAUUUAAACUUGGUAAACGCCGUUUUUCCUGGCUUGUCGUUUUUUGUUCAGGUGUAUAUUUUUAAGAUAACGUGGAAGUGAAAGACGUUGAGCACGUGUGCAAGCACAGCUGGUACCUACCAAUAAAGUGUUUUCGUUUGUU